AUGGCGCUGCUGCCCGUCAACGAAGUCCGAGCGGCUGAAUGCGGGAUCUGCUACGAGUCUUACAAAGAGUCCGCCGGCGGGCAGGUGCCCAAGCUCUUGUGGUGCUGCCACUCUGUCUGCCUCGCUUGCCUGGGCCGGCUGGUGUGCCAGAACGGCACCUUCUCCUUCGUGGUGUGCCCCUUUUGCCGGAUGGUGACCCUCGUCCCCGAAGGAGGGCUUCCGGCUCUGCGCAACGACGAAGCCGUGCUACAAGUGGUUUCCGGCCAAGUGGAAGUCCAAGAAGACCACAACUCUUUCCGGGUCUCGACUCCUGACCCGGGCACAGCUUUGGAUUUUAAUUACAGCUCGCCUGUCUUUACCGUCAGCGGUUUUGUCCCGGCCUACGCGAGGGCGAUCCAUCCCGGCGUGGGGAUGUGGGGCAGGUUUCGUCUCCAAGAGGUCCGCAACGCCGUGCUGGUGGAGCUCCCGCACAGAGCGUCCGGCCAAGACUCGGAGACCCCCACGUCCGUGGAGAACCUGCGGCUCUGCUUCGCCGUCACCAUCAUCCUUCUCAUCGUCUCGGUUUUCUUCGCCUUGGUCUUCUUGAAGUAG